ACUAAUAAAAGCUAUCUUACAUUCUGAGCAACCAGCAAAAUUCUUCUCCCCCAAAACUCACUUGUCAAACAACAAUCAAACACACAGAUCUCACUCCUCCCUCCUCCCUCCCUCCUCCUCCCUCGAACAUCAUCUAAUCAUCAUCAUCAUCAUCAUCAUAAUCCACUUCCCUUUCUCUCUCUUCCCCACCAUGCACCAAAACCCAAAAACCAUAAUCUCCAAACCCUAAUCCUAUCCAUGGACACCCCCCCCGACGACUUCAUCCCUCUCCCACUCAACCCUUCAUCCUCUUCCCCCACCCCCCCUUCCUCCUCCUCCUCCUCCCCUUCCCCAAGCCCCUACGAAUCACAAAAACGCCGGGACUGGAACACCUUCGGCCAAUACUUAAAGAACCACCGCCCUCCCCUCUCCCUCGAACGCUGCAGCGGAGCGCACGUUCUCGAGUUCCUCCGCUACUUGGAUCAGUUCGGUAAAACCAAAGUUCACUCCCAGAUGUGCCCUUUUUACGGCCACCCUAACCAACCUGCCCCCUGCCCUUGUCCUCUCCGCCAAGCCUGGGGCAGCCUCGACGCCCUUAUUGGCCGACUCCGCGCCGCUUAUGAAGAGAAUGGAGGCCGCCCUGAAACCAACCCUUUUGGCGCACGUGCGGUCCGGCUUUAUCUCCGUGAGGUGCGUGACAUACAAUCAAAGGCCAGAGGGAUUAGUUAUGAGAAGAAGAAGCGGAAGAAACCGGUCGCCU